AUGCUUGAGGCGGGUCGUGCCAGAGCGGACCUGUCCGAUGGCGCGAAGGCGGGCGCUCGGGAGGAUGGUUCCGACGCGCGCCCCCUGCUGCAACGGGACGACGCGCGGGGGCGCCCUGUGCAGAGCACCACCGGUGCGGGACGCAGCGCUGGCCCGGUAUGGGUGUACUACGCGCUGCUCGUCGUCCCCGUGCUCGCGGUCUCGACCGCAGGGGUCGUCUUCGCGUCGAUGAGCGACGUGCCCGCGGUGACUCUCGCGAGCUGGCGCCUGCAGGCCACCGCAGUGCUCCUCUCCGGUCCCGCAGCGUGGCAGGUCAAGUGCAUGACAGCGGAGCAGCGGAUCCACUUCGUAGGCCACUGGACGGCGCUCGUGGCGUCCGGACUGGCGUUAGCGGCGCAUUUCGGCCUUUGGGUCUACGGGCUCCAACACACCUCCCUCGUCCACUCGCUGGUGCUGGUGUGCGCGACGCCCGUCGUCCUCGCGCUCUGGACGCUCCUCGUCGACCGCGCCAACAUCUCCCGCGCAGAGAUCGCCGGCGUCGCUCUCGGCGCGCUCGGCGCCGCCGCGAUGGCGCUCGGGUCCUCCGCGGCCACCGCCGCCGCACACCGCGCCGGCAACCCCCCGGGCGUGCUGGGCGACGCUGCGUCGUUCGGCGCGGCCGUCGCCAUGGCCGUGUACACGUCGCUGGGCCAGCGCGUCCGCCGCGACGUGCCGUGGGCCGCGUACGCCGGGCCCGUGACCGCCGUCGGGGCCCUCGCGCUCUCGGCAGCGGCCUGCGUCGUCGACGGCGCGGGGGUGUUGCGCGGCGGCCCCGGCGGCGUGUUCGGGUACCUCGACCCUGCCUCGGGCCACCUCGCGCACGUGGCGUACCUGUCGUGCGUUCCAGGGCUGCUCGGCCACACGAUGGUGAACUUCCUGCUGGCGUACGUCACGCCGCUGUCUUGCACGCUGGCGCUGACGCUGGAGCCGGUCGUGGGCGGCGCGCUGGGGUGGGCGCUCGGGCUGCAGGGCGCGAUCGGUCCGCUGGGCGCGGCGGGCGGCGCGGCGGUGCUGGCGGCGGCGGUCGUGGUGUCGGUGGCGUCGGGGCGCAGGCAGGCGCGGCAGCAGCGGGAGCGCGAGGGCGGCGACGUCGCCGUGGAGGUCUGCCUCGAGAUGGCGGUCGGAGAGGCGAAGGACGGAGCGUCGGCGCUGCCGGACGUCGUCGUGGUUGACGGCGCUACGCUGGGACGGCAUCAACAAGGGCAGCUGCCGAGAUGA